CGUCGGCGCCGCCGGGGCCGCCGGGGGCAAGGACGGGGCCGCCAACGGCGCCUGGGGGCACCUGGACGGGCAGCGGGGCCGCCGGGGCGAUGGGGGCACCCGGGGCCACCAGCCGGGGGUCAGCGACGGCGACCUGGGCCACCAGAUCGGGGUCACCGAGGGUCACCAGCUGGGGGUCACCGAUGGCGUCACCCAAGGCCACCAGCUCGGUGUCACCUCCGGCCACGCCCUGGGGGUCACUGAUGGCAACCGGGGCCACCAGAUCGGGGUCACCGACGUCACCCGGGGCGACCAACUUGGUGUCACCUCUGGCCACCAUCGUGGUGUCACCAAUGACGUCACCCAGGGCCACCAGCUCAAUGUCACCUCUGGCCACCACUUGGGGGUCACCAAUGACGUCAUCCAAGGCCACCAGCUCAAUGUCACCUCUGGCCACCCCCUGGGGGUCACCGAUGACGUCACCCAGGGCCACCAGCUCAGUGUCACCUCCGGCCACCACCUCAAUGUCACCAAUGACGUCACCCAGGGCCACCAGCUCAAUGUCACCCAAGGCCACCAUCUCAGGGUCACUGAUGACGUCACCCAGGGCCACCAGCUCAACGUCACCUCCGGCCACGCCCUGGGGGUCACUGAUGACGUCACCCAGGGCCACCAACUUGGUGUCACCUCCGGCCACGCCCUGAGGGUCACCGAUGACGUCAUCCAAGGCCACCACCUCAAUGUGACCUCUGGCCACGCCCUGGGGGUCACCGAUGACGUCACCCAAGGCCACCAGCUCGGUGUCACCCACAAAGUCCCCCCCCUGAAGCGCCCCGGGGCGGGGGAGGGGCCGGGGGGGGCGAAGCGGCCGCGGGUCGAGGACGGAGGGGACGAGGACGGGGACGGACACGGGGACGGACACGGGGACGGACACGGGGACGGCAG